GAUAACAAGCGAGGGUACCCCCGCCAAACGCGCUGUACCUCAAAAUAACCGCAUAACAAAGCAACAGUAGUAUUUAUAUUCUAUCUGUGUUUGGACAGGUCAAUUAAAAGAUGUCUGAUUCCGACCAGGAAAGCCCACCUGAAACAAUGGAACAAGAUGAUGUGGACGCUCCAGAACCUGUGAGUGGUCCAUCCAUCCUGCUGAAGUCUCCCCCAAGAGGCAAGGAUGAAGCUUAUGAAGAAAAACUGGAAAAAGAUCGCAGCAAUCGAUUCGGCUUCCUGCUCCAGCAGACCGAGUUGUUUGCCCAUUUCAUGCAGACGGGGGCGCAAGCCGGGGGUGGCGGGCCCACCAGUCCUCUCAAGAUGAAGGGUCGUCCUCGGCUUCACAAGCAUCAGGAUGAAAAAUCCAAGCUGGUGGCUGCCGGAGAUCAUCGGCAUCGGAGAACUGAAGAGGAGGAAGAUGAGGAACUGCUGUCCGAGGCGAAGAAAUCUGGCAAUGUCUUGUUACGCUUUGAGGCCAGUCCAUCAUAUAUCAAGACCGGGGACAUGAGAGACUAUCAAGUCCGAGGGUUGAACUGGAUGAUCUCCUUGUAUGAGAAUGGUAUCAAUGGAAUCCUGGCUGACGAAAUGGGACUUGGAAAGACUUUGCAGACUAUCUCACUUCUGGGCUACAUGAAACACUACCGGAACAUUCCAUCCCCUCAUCUGGUCAUCUGCCCGAAGUCGACACUGGCCAACUGGGAGGCAGAGUUCAACCGUUGGUGUCCCUCCAUCCGCGCUGUCUGCCUCAUCGGGGACCAAGAGAAAAGAGCGGCUUUCAUCCGAGACAUUCUGGUGCCCGGGGAGUGGGACGUGUGCAUCACCUCGUACGAGAUGGUCAUCAGGGAAAAGUCGGUCAUGAAGAAGUUCAACUGGCGCUACAUCUGCAUCGACGAGGCUCACAGGAUCAAAAAUGAGAAGUCAAAGUUGUCAGAGAUUGUGCGAGAGUUCAAGUCUACCAACCGGAUGCUUCUGACGGGAACACCUCUACAGAAUAAUCUUCACGAGCUGUGGGCCUUGCUUAACUUCCUGUUGCCAGACGUUUUCAACAACUCUGAGGACUUCGAUGCCUGGUUCAACACCAAUGACUGCUUCGGCGACUCGGAGCUGGUAGAGAGACUGCACGCUGUGCUCCGACCAUUCUUGUUGAGGAGAAUCAAGUCAGAUGUGGAGAAAAAACUGCUGCCAAAGAAAGAGACCAAAGUCUUCAUUGGACUGAGCAAAAUGCAGAGAGAAUUGUACACAAAGAUCCUGAUGAAGGACAUUGACAUCGUGAACGGCGCCGGCCGCACUGACAAGAUGCGAUUGCUCAACAUCCUCAUGCAGCUGCGCAAGUGCUGUAACCACCCGUACCUCUUUGACGGCAUGGAACCAGGUCCUCCGUACACAACUGACUACCACUUGGUAGAGAACUGUGGCAAGAUGGUGAUCCUGGACAAGCUGCUGCCCAGGCUCAAGGAACAAGGCUCUCGAGUGCUCAUCUUCAGCCAGAUGACACGUAUGUUGGAUAUCCUGGAGGAUUACUGCUUCUGGCGCAACUAUAACUAUUGCCGCCUGGAUGGACAGACACCGCACGAAGAGAGACAGAAAUCUAUCAUUGACUUCAACCACCCAGAGAGCACCAAGUUUGUCUUCAUGCUGAGCACACGCGCCGGCGGUUUGGGCAUCAACCUGGCUACAGCCGACAUUGUGCUGCUCUUUGACUCGGACUGGAACCCACAGGUUGAUCUGCAGGCUAUGGACCGAGCACAUCGAAUUGGCCAGCAGAAGCAAGUGCGUGUGUUCCGGUUCAUCACGGAGAACACAGUGGAAGAGCGCAUUGUGGAGCGCGCUGAGAUGAAACUGAGGCUGGACAAUGUGGUCAUUCAGCAAGGUCGUCUGGUGGACCAGAACAUCAACAAACUGGGCAAGGACGAGGUGCUGAACAUGAUCCGGCACGGCGCCAGCCAUGUCUUUGCCUCCAAGGACUCAGAGAUCACAGAGGAGGACAUUGACGCCAUCAUGGCCAGGGGAGAGAAGAAGACAAACGAACUGAAGGAGAAGAUGGACUCUCUAGGGGAGAACAGUCUCCGCACCUUCACCAUGGACGCGCCCGACAGCGUGUACCAGUUUGAGGGAGAGGACUACCGAGAGAAGCACAAGCUGGGCACCAUCGGAGCCUGGAUCGAGCCGCCCAAGCGUGAGCGUAAAGCCAACUACGCCGUGGACGCCUACUUCAGGGAGGCACUGCGUGUCAGCGAGCCCAAGGCCCCCAAGGCACCCCGACCCCCCAAACAGCCCAGCAUCCAGGACUUCCAGUUCUUCCCCCCUCGCCUCUUUGAGCUGCUGGACAAGGAGAUCUACUUUUUCCGCAAGACCAUCGGCUACAAAGUGCCCAAGAACCCCGAGUUUGGAGCCGACGCCGACCGGAUACGCAAGGAGGAGCAGGGCAAGAUUGACGGAUCCUCUCAGCUGGAUGAGGAUGAACUGACGGAGAAGGAUUCGCUGCUGAAAGAAGGUUUCACCAACUGGAGCAAGCGUGACUUCCAGCAGUUCAUCAAGGCCAACGAGAAGUUUGGCCGCGACGACAUCGAAAGCAUCGCCAGAGAAGUGGAGGGAAAGACACCCGAGGAGGUGAACCAGUACAGCAGCGUGUUCUGGGAGCGCUGUAACGAGCUGCAGGACAUUGAGCGCAUCAUGGCACAGAUUGAGAGGGGAGAGGCUCGCAUCCAGAGGCGCAUCAGCAUCAAGAAAGCCCUCGACGCAAAGAUGUCGCGGUACCGAGCCCCGUUCCACCAGCUGCGCAUCCAGUACGGCACGAACAAGGGGAAGAACUACACGGAGGAGGAGGACCGCUUCCUGGUGUGCAUGCUGCACAAGCUGGGCUUCGACAAGGAGAACGUCUACGAUGAGCUCCGCCAGGCCGUUCGUCAGGCACCGCAGUUUCGCUUCGACUGGUUCAUCAAGUCUAGGACUGCCAUGGAACUACAGCGUCGCUGUAACACGCUGAUCACGUUGAUUGAACGAGAGAACAUGGAGCUGGAGGAGAGAGAGAAGGCGGAGAGAAAGAAGAAGGGAGGAAAGUCGGGCACCCCCAAGGGUGGCAAGCGCAAGGCCGAGGUGACGCCCAACAAGCCCAGCGGCAAGAAGAAAAAGACGGCGUAAAGAGGACAGAUGUUCUGUGUGUUGAUGAUAUAUUUAGUGUGAAAGGGCAGCAGUUGAUAAUAAAUGGAUAUGGCGAUGGGGAAUUGCCCUCUGGGUGUACAGAUCUGGAAGAACAGUUGGAAUUGUGUCUAAGAUGACCCACCCAUUGUCGAAGAGAAAAGUUGUCGUCUUGUACAGAUGGAUGUUUUGGACAGUGUCAUUACAUUUUGUAAAAGGACACGAGGGGUGGAGUGGAACCUGGUCGUUUGUACUGAAGUUGUUGUCUCGUACAAAUAGACAUUAGAGCAGGUUUGAAUGUUUUUUGGCAGGCCAGGAAUGUUUCAUUAAUAUUUUUUUUGGGUUUUUGUCAUAACGAAGAACAAAAUUAUUUUGAAUUCUGAGACUUGAGGCUAAAACAUAUUGCCUGUAUAUUUUUAUACGUUCUUGGUGGUGACAAAUCGGAGUGCGAAAUUGUUGUUUGCCUUGAGACUUAGAGAGAGAGAGAGAGACGCUUGUUUCCAUUGUGUCUAGAUUUGAUGUGCCCCCAAUAGCCUGAUAGGUUAUUUUCUUGAACCGUCGUGACGGGAGACAUUUGAAUUCCCAAGUUUUGACUGUGAACUGUUUUGCACAGCCCUGCUAUAGAAGGUUACAAGACCAAGACUUGUACUGGUGUCGAGUCAAGAGUGAUUCUGUCCAGAAUUGUUUUUGCUUUUGUGUGAGAUUUUUAAACUAAACAUUUCUUUGGGCAAUGGGAAUUUUCCUGUCUAUCGUGUCUUGUUGUUUGACCUCGGUGGAUCAAUGCAGCAGUAGCACAUCUUUGAAAAAAGAAAAUGCAUCGUCUUCUACCAGAUUGAAUUCUCGUAGGAAUUCCACUCUUGCUUAUGGUAGAAACCCAAAAUUGUUUGUCCUCUCCACUCUUGGCAGUUGAAUUGGAAUUUGUGGCUGAAUAGGAACUCUGUCCCGCUGGUCUAUUGUGGAGGAAAAUGGAUGGACGUGUGAAGGGAGAGUGGGAAAAUCUCGAACCCAGCACUGUGGGCAGCAGCUUCUGGAAGUCUCAUCUGCUGCAGACACUGACUUGUCGGGGGAGAUUUUCGGCCGAAGGGCUCGAACUACUCAGAUGGCCGCUGGAUCAGAGAAAUAAAUAAAACUCAAGGGAGACGAAGAAUGUUCGUGCAAUCAUUGUGUGGAUGCUCUGGUGUUGACCUGCUACAAUGUACUCCAGACGAGUGGUUGACAGGUGCUCAGGUGUGGUCAGCCCCUCAUGUUUUACUCACAAGUGGUAGUCCUACUGUUGACUGUCCUUUCUAAUGCCGGGCGGAAUGUGGCUGUUGAGUUGGUCACACCGACUCGCUGUGAGCACCAUAAGUGUAAGAUUUCACUGAGCUGCAGCAAUUUAAGAUGUAUGAUCUUUUUGGAGGGGGGGGGAGGGUACAUUUUUAUUCAAUCAUUACAGUGAGUCAUGUUAUCACCGGAUAUCCUUCAUUGUGUGGGAUCAUUUCUCAUCUCACUUUCAUUCAUUCUGUAUAUAUAUAUAAAGUUUACUCUGUGCGUUCUGCUAUGAUGUCCAUAGUAGUUCAAAUAUCA